UGAUAAUGAAACCUAUCUUUGAAAAGUGUUGUAAUGUCAACAUUAGGAGAAUCCCGUAUGGAAUAAGAUAAUGUAACUAGUAUGAGAGAGAAGAUGGGCGUGUAUCAUCCUCAUUAUGUGUACAGUGUUGUAAAUAUUACAAAAUAUUCGUGAUAACAAUUUUCUGUAUAUAGUGAUUUGAAAUGGUUCUGUGAUGUUGGAAUGGUCAUAUAUAACAAAGUUUCGCUCAACAUGGAAAACAACAACAAGGAAUCUUUCAAGUUAUUGGACGUGACAUCCUCCGGGAGUGCUUCAGAGUCCGUAGUACCAGAAGUAGUAUUAAAUCCAAGGAAGAAGAAACUGAGAAGACGAACACGCGGAGUGAGACCAGGCCAGGCUCGUCAGAGCCAGAGCUGCCGAUGCAAGGGCCAGAUGGUGGGCAUGAUAUUUGCCACAGUUCUGCUUCUUUGUUGGUUGCUGGUUCUCACAUGGCUUGCUAUUGUCUUAAAUGCAGAGCUUUCGAAGUUGGAUGGGACAGUGAAGCAAGUUGUUGCAGGUAACCAAAAUGUUCCAACUGAACUUCAGGAGUGCCAUUCACUCACAAGGCAGCUACAGAAGAAUCAGACUGCACUGUACAACCAGAUCAUCAUGCUUGCAAAGCAGCUAGCAAAUUUUAGUUCAAAGCUCAGUGAUGUACAAGAUGGUUUCCACAGUGUCCAAGAGAAGCUUGAUGGUGCUCCAGAGCUAGUAAAUGUGCCUCAGACCAUCAAGGAUCUACAAGGCAGUGUUGCUGGUUUUGGAAGCCAAAUACGGGACCUUGCAGCUACAGUUGAAAACCUCAAAUCUCAGAACACAAAAUACCAAGAACUUUCCACAAAUAUUGUGCAGAACUUGACAACAGUCAGGGAAUUGGUGAACACAUUGCUGAAUACAUCACACCAACCAGAUAUAUCUGGUGCUGAGAGCAGUGGUCAGAGAAAAUUAAUGCUUGAAACUAUGGAUCAGAUUUCAAAAAACCUUUCUCAGAUAAAUGAUACCCUCAGCAAGAGGAUAGGAUGGGUGACAGAAGAUCAGAAUGCAGAUCGAACUAGUCUGGCAGAUCUUCAAGACAAGAAUCUUAAUGUCCAAGCAAGAGUUACAACCCUUGAAGGAGAAUGCAAAAAAAUGGUCUCCCAAGAAGUUUUCAACACUACAGCUGCCAAUAUUACAGAGAUGGUAAUCAACACAGAGAAGCAGAUCCAUGAUUUGGAUGUGCGACUUUCGCAGCUACAAAUUCAAGGAUCAGAGCUGGCUACCAAUAAUAGCAAACUUGCAAAGUCCCUGGAAACUCUGCGUCAGACUAUUCUGCCACUCAUAGAUGUGCCUGCAUCACCAUCACCAACAGCAAAUGUUUUCACCGAGCAAUCUGUAUCUCCUUAAGUGCUGGAAGCCUGAAAAAGCACAAUGUGUCCACUGUUAAUAUUGUCAAGAAUAAUUUAAGAAGUACAAAGCAGUGUGACAAAUUUUUGAAGCAAAAUUCUGGUUUUAUAUGAAUUGUACUUAAUAAAUCUAUUUUGAAUGUUUAUGUGUGCAUGUAUGUGUGUAUGUAUGUUGGCAAAUCGAACAUUGUAAGUAUUUUAUAUGUCACUGAAAUUACUGUAUUUCAAUUGUAUUAUCUAGAACACUCUGCCUGGAAAUUGAGCCUAUAUUUUCUAAA